AUGAUAAUUUUUGACACAAAUCCAUUUUUCAGUUGGAUUGAAAGUUGUGGACCAAAAGAUCCGCUUCCAUGGAGUACAAUUAUACCAAAGGCAAACUCUCAAGCAGUGGAUCUGCUGAAAAAGCUACUGAUAAUAGCACCUUGGAAACGAAUAACAGCAGAACAAGCACUCUGUCAUCACUAUUUGGAGAUUUAUCACGACACAGGAAGUGAACCAAACUGUCCAAAGAAAGUAUACUUCGACGCAGGAGAAAUCGAAAGAUUAAAUAUCGAUCAACUGGAAUGCGCACUUCUUGCAGAAACUUCAGGAUCCUACACUUGGCACUCCAGCCGUAGCUCGUCGCAAUGUGAUGAAAAUGUGUUCCAGAAAAAUAUGUUUCCAACAUCGAAAGAAAAUGAGCAGCAAGAAUUAGAAGGAAAACCAUCAGAAAAGGAGGCUGAAAUCUGA